CGAUUCUGUGGUGAAAUCUAUUUAGUGACUGUUUGGUAUUCUGACGAGUUUGUCUAAUUUUUAUUUGAGCAAUAUCAGUCUCUAACUUGUUAUAUGCUUUGCACCAAGUCAUAGAAAAAUAAGAGCAAAGCAAUGGCUGAUGAAGUUGGACUAUUUUACCUUAUGAUGAAAAAACGAGAGGAGGAAGAGAGCUACAUUCGCAGGCGCAAUCUGACUGUUUUGCGAAACAAAAAAGAUCCGUUUUCAUACAAAGAGAACACAUUCAGGAAGGUUUUUCGAUUUCUCAAAUCUUUGUGCUGGGAUCUAAUUAAUCAACUCAAGCCGUAUGACCAACAGCAAACAUCGAUUCCAUUUGAACUUCGGUUUAUUUCAGUUUUAUAUUUUUUAUGCAAUGGCUCAUAUCAGUGUUGCGUGGGAAAUGCAUAUUUUGCGGUGAUGAGCCAACCAACCAUUUCCCGUUGUAUCGAAUAUAUUUGUAAAUUGGUGGUGGAGCGUAGACACGGCGAAGUGCGUUUUCCUAAUUCUGUUGAAGAAUAUAAUAGAAUUAAGACUGGAUUUUAAUCGAAAUAAAUAAAAGGUGUAAUUUGAGCAAUUGAUUGCACUCAUGUUGGCAUAAUUGCACCUGCCUUGUCAAACACAGUUGUACCGCAUGAUUAUAUGAAUAGAAAAGGUUAUUAUAGCAUUAAUGUUGAAGCGGUAAGUAUUAUAUUCAAUAACUAA